AACAAAGCAAAGCGAAGCCUAAUCGUGUUCGUGUUGGCCAUGGGGUUCAACAGAGCACAGUUGUUUGGUGCCUUCGCCCUGGGCUUGCUCAUCAUGAUCCACAGUGUGGAGGCGGUUAAUCCCCGUGCCCGGAUAUGCCAUUCCCCUAGCCAUCUUUAUAGUGGCUCAUGCAACAACAGGAAAUGCACGGAGACGUGCCACCACGAGCACUUCACCGGCGGCUACUGCACACGUAGAGGGGUUGUUAAAGAACUUCACUGUCAAUGUACCAUGAGAUGCAGCAAGCAUAGUCCUCCACAGCCGUCGGAAGUGCCGCCACCGCCGCCGUCCAAAGUGCCACCACCACCAAAUGUCAUGCCGGCCAGAAAAAUCUCUGGAGGCAUGAACUACUGACUUAAAGGAUCAUUUUCCUGUCUCCAUGGAAAUGUUCAAUUUGUAAGGAAUAAACAUGCAUGAUUGAUCGCAUGAAAAUAAUUUGAAGUGUCGAAACGAUAAUAAG